CUCCGAAGGUUCUGUGCAGGCCCGCACCCUGGGACGCAGAGCUAGGCGCAUCCUUCUGACAUUGCGACUGCCUCCAUAGAGACAGCAGAGGCUGUGGUCCCCGCAGCCGCCUGCAGAGGUUCUCCCAACCCCCACCCCGUGAGGCCUUCUUUGUUCUGAUGCAUUUCAGGGCCAGCCGGGCGCCCAAGAUGUGUCUCAGAUCCUCAAGGGGGCAUUUCCUCCGAGGCAGGGAGAUGAGACGGAAGAGGAAGAUGCCGAAACCAGAGAUCGCAGAGCGAGAAUGGAGGGUUCUUCCGCUCCAGGACAGGACCCAGCGAUACCCGUAUCAACGGCCAGGCGGGCUUGGAAGCCUAGGGGAAAAGGCAACCUUCAGGUGCCCCACCUAGCUCUGAGCCCCACCUUAUGGCCGCUCCAGGGGGCAGAACCCGCGGGACGCCCCUUCCAGUUGGGCGGAGACGGAAAGUGCAAACCCCAACGCUGAGAGUGGACGCGCGUUCAGCCCAUUCAAAGUUGCUUCUUCCUUCUCUGGCUUCUGAGCGAUUCCGGUCUUUGGUUACGGCGAGCUCGAGGGCUAACCUCAUCGCGAGAACUUCUCGGCCCCUGGGGCGUGGGCUCUUACGGCGCAGCCGCAGGGCCUCCUGACGCAGAGGCGCAUCACCCGUUGGCGGUUCUCUGGCGCCCGCUUAUUGGUUCGAAGCGCCCUCGCCCCACCCCCCCGUCGACCAAUGGGCGGGGAAGGGGCGUGCCCUGGUGGCGGGUGGCGGCGGCGCGGGGCUCUCUCAUGUUCGGCGUUGAGCCCCGGCAGCUGCCGCGGUCUCCAGAGCUGCCGCCGCUGCGGUCGUCCCUGACCGUCGCGGCCUCAGGGUGCUUCCCGCACGGCUCCUGCUGGUGUCCCUGGAGCAUGGGAGGCUGCUGAGUGUGACCGGUGGUGUCCGGCAGGAGCUGCGUGUCUCACCCUGUGGCAGGGAGGGCGUCCAUGGCUGCAGCCAACAAGGGCAGCAAGUCCAGAGUCCGGAGUAUCCGCUUCGCAGCAAGCCACGAUGCAGAAAGCUCCCAGAGUCACGUCCACUUUGAUGAGAAGCUGCAUGACUCUGUGGUCAUGGUCACCCAGGAGAGCGACAGCAGCUUUCUGGUCAAGGUUGGCUUCCUGAAGAUCCUGCACAGGUAUGAGAUUACCUUCACUCUACCCCCAGUGCACAGGCUGAGCAAGGACGUCCGAGAGACACCUGUCCCCAGCCUGCACCUCAAGCUCCUCAGCGUCAUGCCCAUCCCAGAAGGUUACAGCGUCAAGUGUGAGUACUCAGCGCACAAGGAGGGCGUCCUCAAGGAGGAGAUGCUGCUAGCCUGUGAAGGUGGCCCCGACACCUGCGUGCGCGUGAUGGUGCAGGCACGCGUCAUGGACCGACACCACGGCACACCCAUGCUGCUAGACGGCGUCAGGUGCGUGGGUGCUGAGCUAGAAUACGACUCCGAGCAUAGUGACUGGCGCGGCUUCGACUGAGGCCCUCGGUGCCACCUGCCUCAGGGCCCUCGGCCUUAAACCCAGCCUCAUCCCCCAGAUGCUGCAUGAUGGUGCGGCUUCCUCCCCCUUCCCCAGGGUGGGUGUGCAGGCGGAGGGUCCAUGGGCCUCUACGCUAGAGCCUUGCCCACGCCUCUCACCUCAUUUAAUGUGCCACCUCCCUGCCCCUCCAACGUCCUCUUCUCCCACUUUCUCCUGUGUGCCUCAGCCUCCUGCUGGAAGAAAUGGAUUGAGCCCCCAAGGAGGCUAUCUGAGGAGGGCCAGGGGAGGGCCUGGGGUGGCUUGUACCACCCCCACCCCAGCCAUAAGGGCUCCAGUCAGAGCCUAGGAGAGGAGGGAGCUGGCUCUGUGGUGGAGCUGCCCGUUACUACUGCUGCUGUCUCGCUUUAGCCACCUCUCUUGUCUACUCCGUUUUUUCCACUGCUGUCCACGGUGAGGAGGGAGAUGCAGUUCCCAAUCCCUACCCCCUAGGUCUGUGUUGUUUUUAAAUGACUGGUUGGGAUAAAGUCCUGAAGAAAUAAAACUUCCAGUGGAUACCAGA